AUGAAUUGCACUUAGCAUAUACAAAAUCCAAUAACAUAUUUCUGUAUAGCUCCUCAUAAUUGUUAAUGCUAAAGGAAAUUGUGCAUUGAUUGCCUAUAUGAACAUAAAGUGGAUAUUAAAUAUACACUUUCAUCUAAUAGAUUUCGAGAAAAGGUAACAAUAAAUUAUAUGAAUAUGAGCUUGAUCAGACAUGCGAACUAACAGAAUAGAGAAUGAAUUUUAAAUCCUUGCUCACUUAAAUUGAAAGUCUGUUAGAGAAAAUUUUGGAAGAGUUAUCUGAAACAAUCAAAUAAAUUUAAAAUAUGCUUAAGAUGCAAAAUAAAUCACAUCUGAAUAUCAUUAAUGAGAAUACUAAUCUAGCUGAACUGUAAUCCAGUGAUUUAGAGAGAUUAGUCCAAAUUGUAUAAGAAACAACUUUAGAUGAUUGGAAUACUUAGAAGAAUUCUUAUUUGUAUAAAUUGGAGAAGGCAAAGAAUUGGUGGGGUUAAGAAAUUAAGGGUUUUAAUGAAAAGAUAAUUCAAGAAGUGAAAGAGAUUUUGUCUUUAGAAACUGAAUCAUUAUUUAAGUUACAACCAAGUUAAGAUGAAGAAUAAGUUUAUGAAUGGAAAGAAGAUUUGUAUGACCUUUUAAUUAAUUUAAAAGAUAUUGAUGUGAAUAUAUUGAAUUUGAUACUUGAGAUGUUUAGGAAAGAAAAAAUUUAAGAUAGUCUAGAAUUUCAAUCAAAUCAUGUAAUUCAAAAGCUCUUUAGAUUAUAAAUUUUAAAUUCAAGUAUGAUGAAUGUCGAAAAAAAUAACAUUAAAUAUAUAGCUAAUGUUAUCAAAAAUAUUUAUGCACUUGAUUUUAAUAAAUAGAAUUAUUCAACAGAAAUCUUUCAAAUAGCUAGAAAAAAUCUGAUUUAAAAGAUUUCAAAAGAUAAGAAGAUCAUCGAAUUAUUGAAAUUUCUAGUUCAUCUCUCAGCAAUAAAUGAACAAUUUAUUUAAUGUGGAUCAAACGCAUUAAACUUAUUAGUUGAAAUGAAGGUAGAUCUUACAAACUAAAGCUUUGAAAAUAUUAGGAUUUAAAAUACAUCAUUAAUUGGGGCUAACUUUUUCAAAUGUAAUUUGAGUGGAACUGUAUUUAACAAUGUAGACAUUAGCGGAAUGAAUUUGAAUUGUGCCUAAUUAUUUAAUUGUAAAUGGACAAAUAUAAAAAUCCAUGAGUUAAAUAAAUUAGAUGGUCAUGAUGGAGCCGUCUCUUCAGUAUGCUUCUCUCCUGAUGGUACUACUUUAGCAUCUGGUAGUUGGGAUAACUCUAUUUUUAUUUGGGAUGUUAAGACUGGAUAAAAGAAAUCCUAAUUGGAAGGCCAUAGUAAUUUUAUCCAGUCGGUAUGCUUUUCUCCAGAUGGUACUAAGUUAGCAUCUGGUAGUUGGGAUAAAUCGAUUCGUAUAUGGGAUGUUAAGACUGGAUAACAGAAAUUCAAAUUGGAAGGUCAUAGUACUUAUGUCUAAUCAGUAUGCUUUUCUCCGAAUGGUAACACAUUAGCAUCUGGUAGUUGGGAUAAAUCUAUUCGUAUUUGGGAUGUAAAGACUGGAUAAUAAACAGCAAGAUUAGAUGGUCAUAAUAAUCCUAUCCUAUCAGUAUGCUUCUCUCCUAGUGGUAUGAUAUUGGCAACUGGUGGUUAUGGUACCACUAUCCGUUUAUGGGAUUUUAAAACAGGAUAAUAAAUUGGAAAAUUAGUUGGUCAAUCAAGUGUUGUCUGGUCUAUAUGUUUCUCUUUGGAUGGCACUAAAUUAGCAUCCAGUAGUGAGGAUAAGUUUAUUAGAUUAUGGAACGUUAAGAUAAGAAAACAAACAUCGAAAUUAGAAGGACAUAAUACAUUUAGUUCUUUAUGCUUCUCUCCUGAUGGCUAUACAUUAGCAUCUGGUGGUGAUGAUUACUCUAUCUACUUAUGGGAUGUUAAGACAGGAUAAUAAAAAGCCAAAUUAGUUGGUCAUAAAAGUUAUGUCUAUUCAGUAAUUUUUUCUAAUAAUGGUACUAUUUUGGCUUCAGGUACUGAUGAUGCAACUAUCCGUUUAUGGGAUGUUGAAAUAGGAUAAUCAAAAACAAAAUUAGAUGGUCAUGCUAGUUAUGUGUAUUCUGUAUGCUUCUCUCCUGAUGGGACUUUAUUAGCAUCUUGUAGUGAGGAUAAGUCUGUUUGUUUAUGGGAUGUUAAAACAGGAUAAAAGAAAGCCUAAUUAAAUGGUCAUGAUAAUUCUAUCAUAUCAGUAUGCUUCUCUCCUAGUGGUACUACACUCGCAUCUAGUAGUUAUGAUACCUCUAUUCGUUUAUGGGAUGUUGAGACAGGAGAAUAAAUCGUCAAAUUUGAUGGUCAUGCUAAUUAUGUGAAUUCUGUAUGCUUCUCUCAUGAUGGCACUACAUUAGCAUCUGGUGGUGAGGAUUAAUCUGUCUGUUUAUGGGAUGUUAAAACAGGAUAAUAGAAAGCCAAAUUAGAAGGUCAUUGUGAUUAUGUUAGAUAAGUAAGCUUUUCUCCUGAUGAUGCUAUAUUAGCAUCUGCUAGUGAUGAUAAGUCUAUUCGUUUAUGGGAUGUAAAAACAGGAAAAUAAAUAGCAAAAUUAGAUGGUCAUAGUGAUUACGUAAGAUCAGUAAGCUUCUCUUUUGAUGGAUUUACAUUAGCAUCUGGGAGUUGGGAUAAAUCUGUUCGUUUAUGGGAUGUUAAAACAAAGUAACAAAAAGCCAUAUUAGAAGGUCAUACUAAUUUUGUCUAAUCAGUUUGCUUCUCUCCUGAUAGUAAUACAGUAGCAUCAGGGAGUAAUGAUAAUUCUAUUCAUUUAUGGGAUGUUCAGACAGCAUAAUUAAAAGCCUCCUUAGAAGGUCAUACUAGAAAUGUCUAUUCAGUAUGCUUCUCUCCGAAUGGAACUAAAUUAGCCUCUGGUAGUUGGGAUAACUCUAUCCGAAUAUGGGAUAUUUAAACAGUAUAUUAAACUGCCAAUUCAAAUCAUCAUAGUGAUUACGUCCGAUAAGUAGACUUUUCCACUGAUGGAACUAAAUUAGCAUCUUGCAUUCAUGAUAGUUCUAUCUGUCCAUAGGAUUUUAAUAGAGGAAAUGAAAUUGAGUUGACUGUUGGAAAUUAUAGAGAUAUUCCCACAUAGUUUAAACAAAAAUUUACUUAAAAAAAUCUUCAUCAAGAAAGUAGUUUAACUUUAAAUAUUAUUUAGUUAUCCUUAAUGUUCCAAUUCUUAUUAUAUCCCAAUAUCCUUAUUUAUUAGCAAAUGGAGCUUUAAUUUUUUAAGGAGAAUUUGUUACUUCUUGUAAUGAAGAUUUACAGAUAUUAUUAAAAAAAAGAGGAAGUAUGAUUUAUGAAAGCUUAAUAGAAUUAGAAAAAAAGUAGAAUUGA